AUGACCACUUGUUGGGGUUGUGGUAUUUGUGCCGAGGCCAUGAUUCCCUGCUCACUGCUGCUGUGUCCAAGCUAUGUUAUGCAGCAGAUGAAGAGCCAAGCCGCCAGGAGGGUCACACAGGCGCCAGAGAAGCACUAUGCUCAGUGGCUGUGCAUUGUUCGGGGGAUGGAGUCCCUGGCUGCACCUGAUCUCGCCACCAGCAUGGUGCUAACGACCAACCAGCAGCUUGCAGCAUUCCACACAGCAGACCGCAAUGGGUCACAGUGUGACACCAAGGGGGGCAUCGGCUACCUCGUUGGUUUGGGGCAGAACAUCUGUAACGAUCCGGAGCUGCAGGAUCCCGCGCCCAUCAUCACUGACGACGGGGACCUCCCGGCACCGGAGGUCAGGCCUCGGGCUGCUACUGUUGCCGCUGGGCGAAAUACAGCUCGCCAGGCCUCCGGUGCUGGAGAGGCUGAUGAUGACUUUGGAGGAUUGGAUGAAGAUGAGGACAGCCCGGUGGACAUUCUGCACUUCAUGGCUCAAUAUGCGGCCUGGGAGGCGGAGCAGGAUUCACAACUAUCUCAACUGGCCCACCUCAGCUCACUGCUGCAUGUGUUCACGGGCACCAGCAGCACCACCGGGCCAGACCCCAUGUUAAUGCUGGAACAGAGUGUUGAAAUGCUCGUUCAGGACAUGGACACCUACACUGUUAUGCUGGAUCAGCUUGAAGACAUGGCGGCAGUCUGCACCGUGGAGGGUGGUGGCAUCAAGAGCGGCAACACCCUUGCAGAAGCGAUUUUGUGCCUGCUGAAUACUAGCCUUGCCACCGCCCAUCUGUGUGUGCUACUCACACAUGUGUGCGGAGGUGGCGGCAGUGCAUGCGUGGUCCAGGCUUGGAAGCGCCUGCAAGAGCUCCUGACGUGUAAUGUGCUAGGGAACAUCGUGUGCUGGGACAACAGCAGCCCUCUGGUCGUGCUGCUGGAAUAUGACAUCCUAGGCCGUGAAGUGCAGCUCGAUGCUGCGAGCAGUGCACUGACAGUCGGCAAGGUCUCACACCUGACGCUGCUCCUGCCCCGCCUGAGUGCAAGAUAUGGCAAGAGGUUCAUGACCGGUUGGUACAUGGGUUGGUCACGGGAGGUUUACACCUAG